AUGGCGGCCCCACCGCCUCUUCCGAAGAGGAUCGUGAAGGAAACUGAGAGGCUGAUGGCCGAACCGUAUGUUAUGCCUAGUCCUGCACUACUUCAAGCACCACCUGCUGACAAUUUUGUAUCACAGUGUCCCUGGUGCAUGGGCCAUAUCAAUCGCCGCGGUAUUUUUAAGCUUGAGCUCUUUCUCCCUGAUGACUACCCUAUGACACCACCAAAGAUCCGAUUUCUUACCAAGAUAUACCAUCCAAACAUUGACAAGCUUGGCCGGAUAUGUUUAGAUGUGCUGAAGAGCAACUGGUCACCGGCGUUGCAAAUUAGAACGAUCCUUCUGUCAAUCCAAGCAUUGCUAGGCGCUCCAAAUCCAGACGACCCGCUGGCGAACGAUGUGGCUCAGAGAUGGAAAGAGGACGAGCCUGCUGCUAUAAAAACAGCGAAGGAAUGGACGCGACAAUACGCUUCGGGAUGA